AUGGCCGGUGGAAAAGAAAGAAAGGCAAAGAAGAGCGAGUUCUAUGAAAGAGUCUACAACAUUUUCGACAAGUACAAGAGAGCCCUCUUCGUCCAAUGCGAUAACAUCUCUGCUAGACAGAUCCAUAACUGCAGAAAGGAAUUGAGGACUAACAAUUCCUUGAUGCUUAUGGGAAAGAACACUCUUAUCAAAGCUGCUUUGCAAAAGAGACUCUCUAAGCCAGUUGAAGGUGAACCAGAUUUUGAGGAAAGAAGCAAAACCUGGACUCCACUCGAUCAUAUGGAGCCACUGGUAAAACUACUGAAGGGAAACCUCGGAAUCAUCUUUACCAACCACGAUUUGACAGAUAUCAAGGAUAUUGUUGAGAGACAUGCCAGAGAAGCUCCAGCUAAAGUUGGUGCCAAUGCCCAGUGUGAUGUAUGGAUCAGAGCCGGACCAACUGGAUUGGACCCAAAACAGACACUCUUCUUCCAGAACUUGCAGAUCCCAACAAAGAUUGCCAAGACCCAGAUUGAAAUCACCACUGAUAAGCAAAUUAUUUUCGAAGGAGACAAGAUCGGUAGUAACGAAGCUGCUCUUUUGCAAAAAUUGAACAUCAACCCAUUCUCCUACAAGUUGAAGGUUGCCCACGUUUUCGAUAAUGGAAACGUGUAUAGUCCAGAAGUACUCAACAUUACUCCAGAGACCAUCAUUGCAUCCUACAGAAAUGUAAUCUCUAACGUUGCCUCUAUUUCUCUUGAGACUGGAGUCCCAACUAAAGCUUCUGCUCCACACACUGUUAUGAGAGUCUUCAAGAACUUACUCGCUGUUACAUUCGAGAGCGACUACACAUUCGAACAAGCUGAAGCCAUUAAGAAUGCUGCCACUGCUGCUCCAGCUGCCGCUGCUGCCGCCCCAGUUGAAGAAGCCGCUGCCGCUGCUGCUCCACAAGAAGAAGAAGCUGAAGAUGACUUUGGAGGUGGUGCUGCUAACCUCUUCGGAGAUGAUGAUGACGAUUACUAA